AUGUCAAAUUUAAUUUUCAUACAACAAACUGGUAAAGAAACAUAUUCAUAUUCAAAAACUCUCAAAGAAAAAAUAUCUAACAUCACUUUAUAUGAAGAAUUAUAUGAUGCUCGAUUUGAUUUAAGAAAAGAAAGAAGAAUUCAAAAGGAUAUUAUUAUUCAAAAUACUGUCAAUCAAUAUGAAAAGAUUGGUGAAAAUACUGUUAGACAUUUUAAUUGUGCAAAUGAUUAUUAUUAUAUGAAUUUUCAACCAUAUGAUGAAGUAAUUAAUGAAUUUAUAAAUAAUGAAUCUUUUAUUUUUCAAACUGAUGUGCUUAGUGUUAUUAGUGAUAUUAAUAAUUCUGUUAAUGAAAGUAAUAGAUUUAAUAAAUGUGAAUCUAGUGAUAGCGGUUAUAGUAGUUAUGAUGAAUACAAGGAUUUAAU